AUGGUGCUGCGGUCUGGUGGCACACGACUGGAUGUCAUUGCAGACCCGAUUAGGUGGAUGUGGGUCGUGGAGAAGUUCCAGAAGCAGCAUAGAAUGCCCCUAGCCGUAAAGUAUAAAUUUCACCGACGAUGUACAAUCGCCAUCGAGCGCUCGGGCUGCGUUUUCAGCCCAACACAAUCGUGUCAGCCCAAUACGCUCUCGCCUAUCCAUCUGCUCGCCAUCUAUCCACGCGUCAUGAUAAAAUUUGUUUCAAGAUUGUUGGAUCCUUCAUCGUUGUCAUCUUGCGUUCGUACGAAUAAGAUUUUCUCAAUCUCCGAUCUUCCCUCGGGCUAUAUACGGCCUCCAGGUGACUUAUGA